GGAACUGUGGGUUAACUGCCUUGUUCAGGGGCAGAACGACAUAUUUUUACCUAGUCAACUCGGGGAUUUAAUCCAUCAAUUCUUCGGUUACUGGCCCAACGCUCUAACCACUAGGCUACCUGCCGCCCGCUACAGUAGUUGAGCACCAUUCCAAAAGUGUUUAGUUUCUUUUACUAAAUAUAUUCUUUCUUGUUUCUGUAGCCUACUCUGUGGGAAUGUAGCCAUUUUCACAUUUCCAUAAAUUCAUAAAAUGUUUGGGAAUGAUGUAAAGGUAUUUGUGAAAAUUCUAUAGCAAUAUAGAGUGGGAAAGCGGCCGUGCAUUUGGACAAUUAAUAGACGGACAAUUAAUAGACACUGCAGUGAAUAAAACCUAAUAAAAACACCUGUCUUGUCCAGUACCAGAGACUACCCAGACCAGUGAGCCAUAGCCAAUCAGAGCUACAGUAGGCCUUUAAGCAGCAUACUGGCCUGCCAUAAUUCACUUUGAACUGGACUAUGUGUUUGUUUACAGACAGUUGCAACAGCAUAACUUUAGAUCAUUAGAAUGCAUUCGCCAAAAGCCACAACAUGAACCAGAAUGGAUUUCUGCAAAUAUGUAGCACUGGCGUCUUCUCAUAUUUGGAAACGUAUUGAUCAAACAACCAUGAAAAGGUGGGUUUUCAGAAGACCGUAGGGUGGAACCAAUGGUUUGUAAUAGACUGAACAUACUGGUGAGAUGGCUGAUAUAAAGCCAAAUGCACAAGAGAACAAAGAAGGAGAUGUGCUGGAACCAGUGUGUGACAGCUCCGGUGCCACUCAGGAGCCAUUACAGCGUCACACGUCUUCCCUGAAGAACAAUGCUGCAGGUCUGUCAGAGCAGCUGUCUUCUGACGGACUCCCAAACCCUUUAAAUGGAGCACAGCCCAGUUCAUUUGUACCCAGCAGUGUCCCUGCUGUUCCCCACACAGCCCAAGCAGCCCAUUCACUGCCUUCAGGAGCACUUGUUAAUGGACCUGGUUCACACCCCGCCUCAGAGGAGAGCUGUGGCCUGAACAAAAACAGCACAAUGUCCAACAAUGUCCUGGUGGAGGCCCAGGACGCCCAACUACGACAAUCUGGGAGGGACACAAGCCCUCAGGUGUUACCACCACCCAGUGAGCUUCAAUCAGACGCCCUGAAGAACCCAGCAGGGCUCGUUCUGAAAACACUAACCACCACGCAGCCAGGGGCCAACAACACGUCACCAUCAGACUCUGAGGCUAGUGAGGCUGAACUGCCCUACCAGGCCCUCGACACCACCUUGUCAGGCCACAGUCCACAAUCACACCAAACGCCAAUUAACCAAAUAUGGACGGCCGAGGGAGUCGAGGCUAGAGCUAGAUCUAUAUGGGACUUAAACACCACAGAGUCCUCUGAGAGCUCGUCGGACGGUUUUGAUGGGACUGAUGCACUACACUGGGAUUCACAGAAAGAGCUCAUACGGGCGUUGUGGAAGAAUCGCACAGUUGACAGCAGCUUAGAGACAAACACUGCAGGAGUGGGAGUGAUGUCUCAGCUUACCAACCAAAGACAGAGGAAGCGUAAAAUACACCUGGUGGGUACGGCAGGCACUCCUGAAAAAGUUUACAGCUGCAGCACAAAUCUCACCUACAAAAAGUGGCAUAUUGAAGAGGAGGAGGAUGAUGAGGAUUUUGACAUCUCCAACAUAAAUGAAGAUGAUUCCUCCUGUAAAAAGGCUGAUGUACAAUCUUCUGUGAAUUCAUGUCAAGAGCAUCCCAGUGACAGCCCUGUAAUCAUUAAGAAGCUGAUUGUAAGAGCAGAUUGCCCGAAGGACAAUCACUCCGUCUCCCUCUUUAGUAGAAAGCCCAAACAGCUUAAGACAAAGCAAUCCGAACAAGAACCAUCAUUCUUCCCAUGCACAAUGUGCAAUGUUAAUUUCAAGGAGAAAAGACAUUUGCAUAGACAUGUGAUGUAUCAUUUAGAUGGGCAAAAUCAUCAGGUACGCCACCACGAGAAAGUUCCCCGGCCUUUUAUAUGCAGGGAGUGUGGGCGUUCGUUCCGCGAUCGCAGCUCCCUCCUCAAGCACAUGAUUAUCCACCAGGAGAGACGGGAGAAACUCAUGGAGGAGAUACAGGGACUCAACAAACUCCGAGACGAAGGCAGGAACGCCAAGCUCCAGUGCCCGCAGUGUGUGUUCGGGACCAAUUGCCCCAAGACGUUUGUCCAGCACGCCAAGACACACAACAAGGAUAAACGUUAUUACCUCUGUGCGGAGUGCAACCACGUGGCAUUGACGGAACGGGAGCUUGAAGCACACCUGUACGCGAUGCACUGUGACACACUGAAGUCCAAGUACAAGAACGUAAUCAAAGAUGAGGAGUCAGAGUUUCUUACAGAUAACAAUGAUGAAUCCAGUCAUGUUCUGUUUCACUGUAAAGUGUGCCAUUUCAGCACCCAGAAUGAAGAUUGCCUUAAAAGGCAUUGUGAGCUGAUACACCAACAGUCUGAUUCUGAUGAUGAAUGUGAAAAUCCGCCAUUUAAAAAAGCACUUAACCGACCAGAUCAAUAUAGCCUAGCUGACCCGUCCAAAAAAGCAGCAGAUUUAAAACUACUGCAGCUAAAGCCAAAGUUCUGUAUUAAAAAGCCUGCUUUCUGGAAAAGAGCGGAUUUUCGCUUUUGGUCCGGUAGUGUAGCUGACUUUUACAUGAGAGAGACAGCAGACACACAGAAGUCUUACAAAGGUCUUACCUCCUCUCAGUUCAAGUGCAGCAUUGUCAGCUCAGCAAACAAGCUGUCACCAUCCCUGUGGAGGAGUGACAAGCCAAGCAAAUUAUAUCCUAAACCAACAGAGAAAAUAGACGUGACAACAGGUCUCCCUUAUGUUGAGGAAGACAAUCAACUAUACGACCAUGUGGUUUCAGGAAUCUCCGAAAGGACAAAAUAUCCCUCAAAUGUUGAUGUGUUGCUUACAUCCAAGAUGAUUAAACCAGGCCAGAUGCUGUAUCAUAGCUACAACUCUGACAAGAGUCAGGGAGGUAGCAACGACUUGACCGGCAGGAAGUCAGAGGCACAAGCUGUUACCCAAAAGACCCCAUCCAAAAGAAAAAUGUCCACUCCCUUCCACAACAGUGUGGACAAGGUGGUUGAUAAUGUUUUGCCAAAACUGAACCCAUUAAAAGAGACUACCACUCCUGAGGACACAGAGGGAGACGGUGAUUAUGAGGACACGUAUGACUUUAGUGCUUACACCAGCGAGGCUACAGCCAACUUCCUGGAUAGUAGUGAGAACGAGAGGAACCCCUACGCCCGUAGCUACUUCAUACGCAGACAGAGGGGUUCUUCUAUCAAAGAGAAUCCUGCACCUGCUGCUGACAUCGGCCGUUUGGAAAAGAACGCCGUUCAGGUUGACCACCAUUUUAAUAAGACUGAAGACAAGGACGGGGAGUAUGACAGCGAUGACAUACAGAAGCUUAUCAUCAAAGAAGAGUGUAUAGAAAGCUCAGUGUGUGACGAUUCUCCAGAGUCACCCACCACCACCGGCACACACAACCAGAGUCUCUCCUAUGACUAUGACUUCUCCCCUUCUUUUGGAACAGAAAGGAAGUCCUGCCCCUACUGUCCUGCUGUGUUUGAGUCUGGGGUGGGCUUAUCCAAUCACGUGCGAGGGCACCUGUACAGGUUGGGGCUGAGUUAUGACGCUCGCCAUGUGGUGUCACCUGAGCGGGUAGCCUCACAGGACCGACAGCCACGCGUACGCAGGAAGGUCCCCUCUGUGGUGCGGAGGAUCAAAAAAGCUGAGAAGCCGGAGUCUCAGGCGGAGCACACUUGUCCCCUGUGCUGGGGCUGGUUCGACACCAAGACAGGCCUCUCCAACCACGUGAGGGGCCACCUGAAGCGAAUAGGGAAGACCAGCACCAGCACCAGUAAGAGUCCAGUGUGUAUUCUCAAUGAGCUGCUAAAGGACGAGCAGGAACACCAGAACAUCCUCCAGAUUCUCAACAGGAAGCAGUUAAUCUCUCGACCAAUCAUCUCCCAGAAGUUCAUUGGCAGCGACGGGCUCUUCCUAACACCGAUGGGGAUCCCAGUGAAGAUCCAACAUGGCUGCCAGCUGGGCCAGAAUGGCACUCCCACUCCAUGGGAUCCCAGUGCAAAUACACCCAGGCAGGAGGGAGUUGAGAGAGAGGAUUUCUUUCCUAAGAGGAAGAGUAUAGAGAUAGGAGGUGUCAUUGAACCUUCCCGGAGCACUUUAGGCAAGCUUUUGAGGAAGAGGAAGUUGGACAAGGAUGAUGCGGAUAAGAACCACUUUACUGUGACCAAAGAGAGGGUUGAGGGGAGACAGAACCAACAGGCCAGCAACCUGGAAACACACUGGGCCCAUGAGAGAAAUGCAUCUAAUAAGAAGAUUUGUAUUCACUGUAACACAACAUUUCCCAGUGCUGUUAGCCUGUCCAAUCAUCUUCGCGCUUACGCACGCAGGAAGAGGGUUGCCAUGUUAGAAGGGACAACCUAUUCCUGUAUACUGAAGAAGCCUAGGUUGAGGGCUGGACCAAAGAACACCCUGUUCUCAGCUCUCCCAUGUGCUGUUGAGGAGAUGUAUAGACUCACCUGCAGAUUCUGUGACCUCGUCUUCCAGGGUCCUCUGUCCAUCCAGGAGGAUUGGCUCAGGCAUUUACAGAGGCACCUCAUGCACACCAGUGUCCCUCGCACAGGAGCUGGCAUGGUGGAGGUCCUGCGACUACACAAAGAGACGCCCUCCUUGCCCCCCCAGGAGCACCCCUCUCGGGAGCACCCAACAUCCAAUGAGCCCUCCACGGCUCAUGAGCCCCAGACGCACCAUGAGCACUCCUGCUUGGAACACCCCUCUCCUCAUGAUCACCCCUUGCCCCAGCAGGAGCCCCCCUUGCCCAACAAGCACCCCGAAACCCACGAGCACCCUGAGCUCCAUGAUGAGCAUCCCUUGCACCAUGCACACCCCUCGUCCAAUGAGCACCCAAGCCUGGAGCAGCACACGGCCACGUCCUUUCCAGAGCUUCUUCCAGUGGCGUCCUGAACUAGACGGUUGUUUACACAUUUUCACUUUAUAUCUUUAUCCUCUACAUGUAAAUAUGGAUAGACACAUAGAAAUAUAGAUAGAUAGAACAAUUCUAAAGCUAUAUGUUUUUCUUAAUAUGCACAAUACCAGCCCUUCCCUCUAUUUUAUAAGACCUGUCUCUAUACUGUAUAUGAUGGAUCUUGUUACUUCUAUGUACAGAAACAAAGACUUGUGCUUGAGAUGCAAAAAUGCCAACAAUCGCUGAAGCUAGAACAGUAGUCAGUUCAGAACCUUGUAUCUCAACUUUUCUAACCGAACGUUUGCACUCUGUAACCGCUUCUACUUUCCUAUGUUUAGGUGAAGUUUUACCUCCAGGUAAUCUUGCCAUCUUGCAACAGGUACACAUGUUAAAUGUGUCUUCUUGCUUCCUUCUUUGCACUGUUUAGCAGCCAGUCAGUACGUUGAACCCAUUACCAAAUGAGACAACUGACACCUCAGCAUUGUGUAAAUGAUAAAUGCUUUGUCCGUUACCUUUAACUGUGGCCUAUAGAAGCCAUAAUCAGAAUACAGGGUCAAUCAUAAACAGUACCAGUCAAAAGUUUGGAGACACCUACUCAUUCCAGCGUUAUUCUUUUCUUUUUACUAUUUUCAACAUAUUUUCAACAACAUGUAGAA